AUGUUAUCUAUCUAUCUAUCUAUCUAUCUAUCUAUCUAUCUAUCUGCGCUUAUAUGUACAAAUAUGUUGAUUGAUUCGCUUUAUAAGGAUUAUCAACAUUUUUUUUCUCUUUUUGUCGCGUAUCUAAUUAACUCUUUCCUUCAACUAUCCUUUCUCUUUUUUCUUUGCACACCUGACUCUUUUUUCUUCCUCUUUUUGGAUCAUCUUUGUUCUCCGACCUUCCUCGAUUUCCCGCCGCACCCAAAAACUGCGUUGAUGAUCAAUCUGUGCUUUGCCGCCAUUUUGGUCACCGUUUCCCCUCACAUCGCAUUUCAAUCUCUUUUUUCUUUGUUCCCUCUAUUUCUCUUAGUUUUUGCUUUAUUAAUUCUUUUACUCUUUCUUUCUUUCUUUCUUUCUUUUAUAGUUAUUUUGGAUUUCUUUUUUUUUCUUUUCAUUGUUAAUAUUGUAUACCUUUGUGGAUUUUUUCAUAUUUCUUUCUUUCUCUCUUUCUUUCUUUCUUUCUUUCUUUCUUUCUUUCUUUCUUUCUCUUUUCUUUUGUUUUUUUUCCUUUCUUUUUUAUUUAUUUCGACUUUUCUUUUUCUUUUAAUAUUUGAUAUUUUAUUCCUUUAUGUAGUUUUUCAUAAUUUCUUUCUUUUUUCCUUCCUUCCUUCCUUCCUUCCUUCCUUCCUUCCUUCCUUCCUUCCUUCCUUCCUUCCUUCCUUCCUUCUUUUUUCCUUCCUUCCUUCCUUCUUUCCUUCCUUCCUUCCUUCCUUCCUUCCUUCCUUCCUUCCUUCCUUCCUUUUCUUAUAA